AUGGACUUGCGGGCUUUGUCAAUCAGCGAUAUACCGCUCUGCGGUUUGAGCUGCCUGUUCCUCACUGUGCCGCUCAUUGGCUGCGCUCUUGACGAUUAUGACUGCCAAUGCCGGAAUGUCGAACUCGCCCACACACUUUCGACCUGCAUGCUGGCCAAUUGCACCAUGGCCGAUACCCUGAAUACAGCGAAAGUGCAACAAGAUAUCUGCCACCUCUCCAAUGAGUCAAAGCAAAAAGAUGUCUACAUCUAUACAAUCGCUUGCUACACGAUCGCUGUAAGCUUUGUGCUCCUGCGGGUUAUCGGUAGAAUAGUGACUCGAAGAUUUGCUCUUGACGACUACAUCGUGAUUACAGCAUUGCUCUUUACCACAGUUCCUUUGGGACUCGUGCUUAAAAUGGCUGGGGUAGGAUUUGGCGAACAUCUCUGGAAUCUCCAGGAAGGGCAACUACUCCAGAACCUUCGAUUCUUCUACGUGGCAUGGGUAACAUACACCUUUGUACUUGGACUCACCAAAAUAUCCCUGGCAUUGUUAUACAGAGAGGUCUUCCCAUCGCCAGGCGCUCAGCUAGGAUCCUUGGUGUUUUUGGGUUGGAUUGCCAUCAAUACUUUGAUUCUGAUCUUCCUCACAAUCUUCAAUUGCAACCCUGUAAACGCAUUCUGGGACCGCGACAUCAAGGAUGCCAAGUGCACUAACAUCAAUGCCAUCGCAUACGCGAACAGUGCAUCGGCGAUUGCUCAGGAUGUUGCUCUGCUGAUUUUUCCUUUGGCAUGCAUUCGGACGCUGAAUAUGACAAGGUGGCGCAAGAUAAUGGUGGGCAUCAUGUUCGCCAUUGGAACACUUGGGUGCAUAGCCACGAUAGUCCGUCUCCACACAAUCCUAGCCUUCAAGACCACAAUCGAUCCCACUUGGGACUACGUUCCCAUCACCAUAUGGACAGAAAUUGAGCUUGCUUGCUGUUUCGCUUGCCUCUCCUUGCCCGCAAUCCGCAUGUUGCUUGGAUGCAUCCUGCCCGACAGUUUCUUCUCAUCAAUUACCUCGCGAUACCGCUCGUAUGGAUCCAGCGCCCCAGAUCGGGGAGUUGACAUUAUAAAACCCAACUCUAUACCAGCUGGCAGAGGAUUUCGAAGUUGGAAGCAGGUCUCAUCGGACCAUGAGCAGGAUGCGGGAAAGUCGAGCGAAAUGGAUGUGUUAAGUAGGGCAGGGACAGAUGCGCGGAGUGAAAAGAGUCGUGGAGCGGAAUCGCGCAUCGAAGAGGCAAGGAUUUCAGAUGUAGAGGAUGAUAUACUGCCGACCCCAUGGGGCCAUCUAUAG